AUGUGGUCCUGCAGUAAGUUUCGAUUCCUGCUGCCUAAUGACUGGUACAGAUUUCUGCAGGAAGCCCAACCCACACAUUUGCCUGAAGCAUUCAGUCUCUGCUGGUUCCAGCUCACAAAGACCCGAAGAGGCUGCUUUUCUCUCAGGAGGUCCAAAUCUGUUUCGGACAUGAAUCCACGAACUCACCGCCAGUGUUCAGUCCAGAUCCAGAACAAGAGCUCCAUGUACACGAUGUCUGAGCCGCGCAUCCAUCUUGUCAGUGGAUUCUGUGAUUCCCCUCUGCCUCCAACGCUUGGCCCAUCUGAGUCCGGAAGUGCCCUCUUCAUCAAGACACGGGACUCGGCCCGUGGGUCGGUUGGUGUUUUCACCUAUGACCUCCUCCGGGGAUCCAACAGGCAGCUUGCGGGCCGGAUGGCUGUGAUGUUCUCCGUCCCUUAUGACUUCCUCUUGUACUCCAACUGGUACGGGGUGGGGGAGUUCGAUGGGAGCAAGCGCUGCAGCAAAGAGCUGUUCAACCACAUGUACGAGGGCCUGGAGAUAGGCUUCACCCGGGGCAAGGCCAAAGGCCCCAGCCUGACCCACCGAGGAGACUGGGUGACCCUGCGGGCCAGCAUGUCUGACAGCUACCAGCCAGUUCUGAAGGUGGAGGUCAGCGACAACUGAACUUGCUGCAGCUUCUUCUGCUGGUCUUCAUCCCAGUUCUCCCGGUGACAGCAGGCUCAGACUGAGGGUGUUGCAAUGGUAACAGAGACAUUUCAUUCUGAGGACACAAAAAUUGAAAAAGAUUUAGGGCCAUCAUGUCCAAAAUGUCCACAAUGUCCAUGCUGUCAAACAUGUCCAAAAUAUCUACUAUGUCCAGUUUAUUCACCAUGUCCCUCAUAUGCACCAUGUCCACCAUAUCCACCAUGUCCACCAUAUUCACCAUGUCCCUCAUAUACACCAUGUCCACCAUAUGCACCAUGUCCACCAUAUGCACCAUGUCCACCAUAUACACCAUGUCCCUCAUAUUCACCAUGUCCACCAUAUCCACCAUGUCCACCAUAUCCACCAUGUCCCUCAUAUACACCAUGGCCACCAUAUGCACCAUGUCCCUCAUAUACACCAUGUCCACCAUAUCUACCAUGUCCCUCAUAUACACCAUGUCCACCAUAUCCACCAUGUCCCUCAUAUACACCAUGUCCACCAUGUGAAAAAUGCUCAUGGUGUUCACUGAGCUUAGUCCCAGUGCUGGCCAAGUAAAAUACAAUUUUCAGUUUUUGUCCAACUUCCUGACCAGUCCAAAGUAAACCACCACAAAUGUCCAAAACUCUAGAAAGUUUCUGGACAGGAAAGAUGUAUAUUAGAGUUUGUCCAGUUCAAUUCAUUUCAAUUCAAUUCCAGUCAGUCUGACCUAGUUUAACCCAAGGAAGUUUCUCUUUCUUAUGUUUCAUGCAUACAUUUGCAGCUUCUUGUCUUGGAGGACAUGUCUCUGAUGAAAGGACAUGUCCAUGCUAACCUGCUGUAAACAUCUGUAUAUUCUCAAUAAUAAACUCCUCUUGCUGAUGGA